AUGUCACCUACCGUAAUAACGGGAUACAGAAAACUCCGUCUUCUGGCCCUCUUCUCCCUCGGCUUCUUCCUCGUCGCCAUAACAGUUAUCCGUCUACCCUUCAAUGUAGAAGGUGCAGGAAUGCAAAUCAACCGAACAACUUGGGCGAACGUCGAAUCCUUCACAGCAGCAAUAGUCGCGAAUAUACCGACCCUGUACACGCUACGCAAAAAGCUACCAGAUAGGUCUACAACUCUCAAGAAGCUUAAUGGUGGGCUGAUAGGAGGGUGGAUGGAAGCAGGCGAAAAGAGCCCCGAUGGAGCAGCGUCCGAUGCUGGUUCCUUACAACCUACAGAAGAUGAAAAUAGUCCGAAGAAGCAUAUACUUGCCAAGAAAAGUGUAGAAAUUCAAGAGAGAAGAAAGGCGAUGUUUAUCCCGCCGUUACCGGGAAAAGAAGACGAAGUAUCUGAGGGUUGGGACCGGAGAGCGAGGAUUAGGGGAGGGAAGAUGGAGCUCAUGGAUGAUGCGGAGUGGCAGAGGGAGAGACAGAAAGAUAGGCACACCGCGAAAGCCACGGCAAUCAUAGCUGCCACAAAUUUCCGACUUGGUCCCAGAAUUGCUCGUGCAGCAGGGGGGACAGGUCUCGAUGUUACCGUUACCUCCGAAAGCUGCCUACUUGCGUCUAGACUUGCCUGGCAGAGACCAAGCGUAACGGAUAGGAUGAGCAGCGCGCUCACGGAUACCAAAGCGUGCUUAAAUGUCCCGGAAGCUCGUGGUGGGCAAGAUGAUGGAGGACGAAGAGCAGAGAAAAAGGGGGUUUAG